AUGGCGAAGGCCCUGCGAGAAAGCGCCGGGAGCGAGGUCGCGCGCAUCAAGAUCGCCGCGGACGGCCCGGGCGAGAUCGUGCUGAACGCCGGCGAGCUCAAGGGCAAGCGCUACCGCCUCGAGCACGAGGCGCCCAGCGCGCAGAGCUCGACCCUCGCCCUGCACGUGCUGCGCGAGGGCGUGGAGCUCGGGGUGGCGGGCCGCGUCGACGAGAAGAUGGACAUGAAGCCGGCCCGCGACGACGCGUCGGGGCGGCCCGGGCGCAUCCUGUCGGCGUCGCUGGCGCGCGCGGCGAAGCCGGCCGUCGGCGUGAGGCUGGGGUCGGACGUGCACAGCGCGCAGGUGGGGGUGGUCAUGGACGCGGACUGGGCGAAGAAGGCGGGGCAGCAGCGCGCGCCCGUGGCGCAGCGCAUGGACAAGGACGAGCUGAUCCGGCGGAUCCUCGUGAUGUUCACGUACAAGGAGUAUUUGCACUUUUCCGAGGUUCGCAAGGUCACGGGGCAGCCCGAGAACUACCUGCGGUCGACGCUGCAGGAGAUCGCGGUGCAGAUGCAGUUCGGGCCGAACCGGAACAAGUGGGAGCUCAAGACGGAGAACAAGAUACACAGGGACGGGGACGCGCCCAUGGACUGA